AUGACAAGAGCAUCGACUCCUCCACCCACGGAAAACAAGUCUACAGACCAUUUACCUCCCUCGCUGCCCAACUCUCCGCUAGCCAAACGAGUCAAAGCAGACACUCCGUCCAAGAUGUCUUCCACCGCCAAUCCCACAACCACCACAACCGCAGUGCCCAAACUGUCAUCCACAUCCCAGCCUCCUUUAUUGAUCAAGAAGCUCUCCGCCGACGCCUCGACGCCGACGCGCGGCUCCGCCUUCGCCGCCGGCUACGAUCUGUACGCAUCGAGACCCACGACAAUCCCGCAGCGAGGCAAGGCCCUCGUCUCAACCGACCUCUCCAUCGCCACACCCGAGGGCACGUAUGGCCGCAUCGCGCCGCGGUCGGGCCUCGCUUCAAAACACUUCAUCGAUACGGGCGCUGGGGUGAUCGACGCGGAUUACAGAGGUGAAGUAAAAGUGCUGCUGUUCAACCACAGCGAGGUCGAUUUCCAGGUCAACAAGGGUGAUCGGAUUGCUCAAUUGGUCCUGGAAAGGAUAUACACGCCCGAGAUUGUCGAGGUUGAGAAUCUCGAGGAGAGCGUGAGAGGAGCAGGCGGGGCCGGAGUGCGUUGGGUAUCGGUCUUUUGGAGGGGGCAGGGCGUGGUACAGGAAAACUAA